UUUCUUGUAGUCGUUUUAAGAUGGCGCGCACAAAGCAGACAGCUCGCAAGUCUACUGGUGGCAAGGCCCCGCGCAAGCAGCUGGCCACCAAGGCGGCUCGCAAGAGCGCUCCGGCCACCGGCGGCGUAAAGAAGCCCCACCGCUACCGGCCCGGAACCGUGGCCCUGCGCGAGAUCCGCCGCUACCAGAAAUCGACCGAGCUGCUGAUCCGCAAGCUGCCUUUCCAGCGCCUGGUGCGGGAGAUCGCGCAGGAUUUCAAGACCGACCUGCGCUUCCAGAGCUCGGCGGUGAUGGCGCUGCAGGAGGCCUGCGAGGCCUACCUGGUGGGCUUGUUCGAGGACACCAACCUGUGCGCCAUCCACGCCAAGAGAGUGACCAUCAUGCCCAAAGACAUCCAGCUCGCGCGCCGCAUUCGUGGGGAGAGAGCAGCUCGUGUACUUGGUGACAGCCUUGGUGCCCUCGGACACGGCGUGCUUGGCCAGCUCUCCGGGCAGCAGCAGGCGCACGGCCGUCUGGAUCUCCCUGGAGGUGAUGGUCGAGCGCUUGUUAUAAUGCGCCAGGCGAGACGCCUCCCCCGCGAUGCGCUCGAAGAUGUCGUUGACAAAAGAGUUCAUGAUACCCAUGGCCUUAGAAGAGAUGCCGGUGUCGGGGUGGACCUGCUUCAGCACCUUAUACACGUACACGGAGUAGCUCUCCUUGCGGCUGCGCUUCCGCUUCUUGCCGUCCUUUUUUUGGGUCUUGGUCACCGCCUUCUUGGAGCCCUUUUUCGGGGCAGGAGCGGACUUCACGGGCUCCGGCAUGAUAAAGCGCUGAGGGAUCAUCUACUGAAGAAUUCCCUCAUGGCUCGUACGAAGCAGACAGCCCGCAAGUCCACUGGCGGCAAAGCGCCGCGCAAGCAGCUGGCCACCAAGGCAGCUCGCAAGAGCGCUCCGGCCACCGGCGGUGUAAAAAAGCCGCACCGCUACCGGCCCGGCACAGUGGCUCUACGUGAGAUCCGCCGUUACCAGAAAUCGACGGAGCUGCUGAUCCGGAAGCUGCCUUUCCAGCGUCUGGUGCGGGAGAUCGCGCAGGAUUUCAAGACCGACCUGCGCUUCCAGAGCUCGGCUGUGAUGGCGCUGCAGGAGGCCUGCGAGGCCUAUCUGGUGGGGCUCUUUGAGGACACGAAUCUCUGCGCCAUCCACGCCAAGCGCGUUACUAUAAUGCCCAAGGAUAUCCAGCUCGCGCGCCGCAUUCGUGGGGAGAGGGCGUAAGCUGCUUUCCUGGGGGCGUAACCGUUAAAUCCAAAGGCUCUUUUUAGAGCCACCCACGGUUUCAGUUUCAAGCGCUGUAUCACAAAGGAGCAAAUUGUUCUGAAGUAGAGAGUAAGGGCUGGCUAGUGGUUGGGAGUGUGGGUGAAGCCCGUACGCCUCGGCUGCCAAGCCUGAUUUAUUCCGGUCUUAACUUCCCGACCAUUUCCCACAACAGCGCGGGUGUGUCCUCCAUUCUAUCCCGGACAAAGUAAAAGCCCGGGUAAAAAAACUACACGAGUUUCUUACUGUAAAGUCCGGGAGAGAGAGGCACGAAGCCUCAUAUGUAGCAAAAUGCUAUUUAUUUUGGGCAUCUGAGUGCAGAUGGGUGGAGGCCAAAGAGCAUCCACAUUGAGGGAGUGGAAAGCCUUGGGUUUUUUUAUAGAGGGUUUCUUGGGGGGAGUGAAUACCUCGGCAAAAACAGCCGCUGCAAUAAAUUUGUUUUAAACAACCAAUUUCUGGGACCCUUGGGUCAGUCUCAUCCUGUAGCGAUACGGGAGGAGGGUAGUUCCGUCCUUAUCAGGGGAGAAGCAAUGCUGGCUGCAGCUGUUAGGUUUACAACUUCCGGGGACUCUACGGACUCCCGUGGCUAUUGCUUCACCAACCUCGGUUUUCCAUUAACCGUAUUGUGUCCCAUACAUACUUUUCGAGUUGCCAGCUGGAACAAACCUAACACUUGCAACAUUAUUUGUAAUCUCCCCAGGGUUGGGAAUAACCUAAUUGUCUUUAAACUAACAGGAUGGCAAAUGUUAAU